AUGCUUUGUGCUAUCUCUGGAGAGGCACCUCAAGUGCCCGUCGUCUCUCCCAAGAGCGGCAGUGUGUUUGAAAAGCGACUUGUCGAAGCAUAUAUUGCCGAACAUGGCAAAGAUCCCGUAAACGGUGAAGAGCUAAGCACCGAUGACCUGAUCGAUGUCAAGUCGCAGCGCGUUGUCCGGCCCCGUCCUCCUACUCUCACCUCCAUUCCGUCUCUUCUUAGCGUGUUCCAGGAAGAAUGGGAUGCUCUUGCUUUGGAAACAUACACAUUGCAGCAGAAUCUGGCACAGACGAGGCGCGAGUUGAGCUCUGCCCUCUACCAGCACGAUGCUGCGGUGCGAGUCAUCGCGCGCCUGACACAGGAGAGAGAUGAGGCCCGCGAGGCACUCUCUAAUGUUUCUGUUGGUGCCGGUCGCUCUGGUGGUGAUGCUAUGCAGGUGGAUUCCACCGGUCUGCCCCCGGCUAUUUUGGAACGAAUUGAAAGCACACAAGCAUCGCUCUCUAAGACCCGGCGCAAGCGCGCAGUCCCCGAGGGCUGGGCCUCAAGUGAGGUCAUUUCUACAUUCAAACCCACUGAAACCUCCGAAGCUCUAUACCCUGGUGGCCGCGCUCUGUCUGUCAACUCGACCGGUGAGCUGGCUCUUGUUGGUGGCGUUGACGGUGUGGUUGGUGUCUACUCCCUCGCCCAGAAGAGCGUUGUUCAGACUCUGAAGAUGGAUGGACCUGUCACAGACGCGACCUGGGCAGGCGACAAGGCCGUUGUUAGCUCAGCCACAGGUUCAGUCAAGGUCUUUGAGAAUGGUGCUGAAGUCGCAAGCUUCAACGCCCACGCUGGUGAGGCUACUGCUGUGGCUGUGCAUGCUACUGGUGACCUCGUCGCCUCUGUUGGUGUCGAUAAGAGUUACGUGCUUUACGAUCUCGCUACGAACAAGGUGGCUUCCCAGAUCUUCUCUGAUGCAGCUCUUCUAUCCGUCAACUUCCAUCCAGAUGGUCACUUGAUUGCCGCCGGUGGUGCCGACGCUCAAGUUAAGAUCUUCGAUGUCAAGACUGGUGAUGUUGCUGCAAAUUAUGCGAUGUCAGGCCCCGUAAAAUGCCUGUUCUUUUCUGAGAACGGCACUUUCUUGGCCGCAGUGGCCGAUAAAUCUACUACCGUGUCGAUUUGGGAUCUUCGCAGCUCCAAGGAAACCAAGGUGCUGGACACGGGCAGCCAAGUUAACUCCAUCUUCUGGGAUUACACUGGCCAAUUCCUCCUUACCGGUGGCCCCAGCGGAGUCACUGUUCAACAAUUUUCCAAGGCAGCCAAGGGAUGGUCUGAGCCACUGCGCAGUGCAGUGCCGGCUUCCUCUGUUGCAUGGGGAUCGGAUGCGCAGAGUAUUGUGGCAUUGAAUGAGGCUGGUGUUGUCACAGUGCUGGCAGCGCAGUCAUGA